AUGUUGAGCAGUUCAUCACGAACAUUGCUAAGCAUCGCUUGGUUUUUGAAUCUGCUUGUCAAGGCGGAAGGAAGCUGUGUGCGAAAUUGGACUAGAGGCGGUGCAGCCGGCGAGGAUAAAACGAAGCAACAAUUCGAUGAAUUGGAUAGUAGAUUUUUUUGUUGCAAAACAUCCUUUCUGAUGCUCUUUUUGUGCUAUGUUCCUUUUGAUUGA